UAAUUGGAGAUUACCGCACAAAAAGUCACCGGACAGGACAGCACCCCCAAACACCCAGCGGCACUUUACCAUUUGACUCGUUUCCUAUCGGCAAUAGUCGGCUACGAGUUCGCUCAAACCCUUCUCGACUCUCUCCGACUCUCUCGCUUUCAAGAUGUCUGAAGCUGAGGCACCCUUUAGACCAAGAGAGAAGAUAUUUGAGAAGCAAAAAUAUUUUCAAAGCAUCCACAAACACACAUAUCUGAAAGGUCGAUAUGAUAAGAUCACCUCUGUUGCCAUUCCGGCAGCUCUGGCAGCUACUUCUCUGUUUCUUAUUGGACGGGGCAUCUAUAACCUGUCUCACGGAAUUGGAAAGAAAGAAUGACAAGUUGAUCUCCGCUCAUUGAUGGCCUGUCUGGUAGCUCAAAUUCUAAAAUUAUGACUGGUUUUGUUCUUGAAAGGUUAUAGUAGCAUGUGUUUUUAAUAAUUGCAUAGUUGCAGCCUUGUUACUAGCAACAGCUGUUUGAAUCUACUUCAUUGAUUACUAAUUUGCUUGUUUGUUUACCUGUUUUAGUUACUAUUUUAUGUAUGUUUGUUUUUUGUUUUGGUGUGGCUUUCUGUUCCAUAAUCUGGCUUUGUAAAAGGUGCAGACUUGUGUGUGACAAACUCUCAGUUUUGAGAGAGAAUGGAAAUGUGAUUCUAGGUCUUUUUGAUUUCA